GGAUCCAAAAUGCCAUAUUUGUAACAAAACAAAAGGCGCCAAAGAGUGACACACGCGUCCUUGUAUAAUUUUUUUUUUAUAAACAACAAAUUGUAAACAACGUUGAUAAGUGAGCAUUUAUCAGCUUUGCUCGUUUCGAUUAGGAAAUCGUGAAACUUACUGAUGCUUCGUUGGGCAAACAAUCUGAAGCGCAGAAUAGCUGUGGAGAAGUCCGCGUGUGAGGUGGCUUUGAUGUCAUUUUUAAAUGUGUCUUGCAUGAAAUCGCGGCCACUUGCUACAAUGCACGCAUCUGCUGUUGCGGAACAAAAUUAUGAGAACGCCAUUUCAUCGCUGAACUCGUUACAAUCAAACUUCAGCGUGCUUCAAACAUCUGUUCUCCGGAAGCAUAAGGAUGACUGCAAGCAUAUCAACGAUACGAUAAAAUAUUUAGACCGCGUUGGGAUUUCGUUGGCGCGUUUGGAUACAUUGCCUGCGAUACACGUGUCCGGGACAAAGGGAAAGGGCUCAACUUGUGCAAUGAUAGAAUCAAUCUUGAGGUCAAACGGUUAUCGUACCGGAUUUUUUAGUUCACCGCACUUGGUGUCCGUUACGGAGCGAGUUCGUCUGAAUGGAAUGCCUAUUUCAACUGACAAAUUUAGUGCACACUUUUGGAAAAUCUACAACCAACUGAAUGCAACGCAAGAGCAUAAUGUGGACAUGCCAUCAUACUUUUGUUUUCUAACUAUUCUGGCAUUUGACAUCUUUCUGCGGGAAGCGGUGGACGUUUGUGUUAUAGAGGUUGGUAUCGGUGGAAGAUACGACUGUACGAAUGUGUUGCGGAAGGCCAAUACGGUAGGGAUAACUUCUCUCGGUUUGGAGCAUACAAAGCUGCUGGGCAACACGAUGGAGGAAAUCGCCUGGCAAAAGGCUGGCAUCAUAAAAGCAGGUUCGGACGUGUUCACAGUUCCUCAGCCGGCGCAAUGCAUCGAAGUUAUUGAGCGAGAAUGCCGACAGUUAAAGGCUACUCUUCACAUAGUACCGCCGACAUUGCACGAGUAUUGCUGGGCCAAACAACCUUCGUUGAUGGAAGACACAUGCAGCAUCGUCGGGAUGAAUACUUCGUUAGCAAUUCAGAUAGCAACGAAUUGGAUACACAAGCAGCAUUCCAAGACUGCACAGAAUACCGUGCCAUUGUUCGUGACAGAGCGGACAACUCAUGGCAUUGAUACCUGCUUCUGGCCCGGGCGACUGCAACGGAUAUCAUAUGAUUCCGGAAAAACGCUUUAUCUCGAUGGUGCUCAUACGGUGGAAAGUAUGGAAGUAUGCGCCCGUUGGUUUAAUGCGAAGUCGAAUUGUGACCACAAACGGUUGUUGAUUUUUAACACAACCGGAGACCGUGAUUCAUUCAAGUUGCUGUCCACUCUCCUAUCGGUAACAAAAUUCGAUGCAGCGUUCUUCGUUCCCAACAUAGCUUUCCGUGGCACAACGCGAGCUGACGCCAUAAACCAUAAUUUUCCGCUCGAGAACCAAAUGCAGCGAUGCAGGGAAAACUGUAUCUACUGGACUGAAACGAUGCAAAAUAUGAACGGUUUCGUACAUGAAACAAUCGAGUCUGUCUUUACGCAAAUUGAUAAGGAUUUUAACCGGGAGUUGGGAGAUUCCGAUAUUUUAAUAACGGGUUCAGUGCAUUUGAUAGGAGCCGUGUUGACAGCACUCAAACUAGAACGCUAUGCCCAUACAUCAUCACCUGCGAAAUGAUGUUUUAUAACAAAAAUCUUAUAACAUUUUCAAUUGCAUAAGUCAACCGAAAUCUUUUUUGGUGGAAAAGAGCAACUUUUCUCAACUUCCAUCACAAAAAAACACAAGAGUUUUUGUAUCUUGAGGCAGCUACGUAGGCUGUUUAAUGUUUGUAAGGUAAUGGUUGUACAGAAGGGAAUCCGUUCCUGGUAGUAAAACGUUAAAGUGCUUGCAACAAUUUGUAAAAAUAUGAUAAGUUGUGUGUUUUGUUAACUCUUGUUUUUAUUCAUAAAGAACGGCCUGGCCGUAUUGCUUGUGUUUUGUUAACUUAUGUCGUUUAUAAUUACACAAUUGAAAAAAAGCCUCAUUAUGACAUCAUCAUCACAUCAUCAGUUUUUAUUGACUCGAUUUACAAUUACAUUCAUUUAAAGUUUUACAUUGGUUACAAUCAAUUGACCUGAUCAAUUGAGUAUAUAGAAUAGUUUUAUAACGCUUUGCGAUGGUGGACGUUUUGCUAGUUCGGAUGUGACCUAAUUGGGGAAAAUUGUUAAAAAACCCUACGAUUGCUGCCUUAUAUAUAUAUUCCGUAAAAUCUAUUUUUAUAACCUAUCUUACUAUCCAAUUUUGUACAAAUGCAUUUGUGUGUGCGCUCUUGAAAUUAAGCGUUGCAUUGAAAGUUUUUAACUGUACGAAUUCUUUUUCUCUUUUAAGGUACUUAUUUUGAAAUAUUUGUAGGAACUUAAUAUGUACAUUGGCACAAUUUUCCCAUAUCUUAGAAGAGUGCAUUAUUGUUGGUCUAACAACGGUGAUGUAUAACAAAAGUUUGUUUUUUAAAUUUAAUUUUGAAUUUUUGUUAAAGAAGCUGUACAAUAUUUUAAGCACUUUAGACCCACUGAUCAGUUUUUCUUCAAUAUGGUGUUGGAAUGUUAGUCUUCUGUCUAAAUGUAAUCCUAAAUAUUUUACAUUUUCACUCCAAGCAUUAUCCCAAUCAUUUAUUUAUAAUUUAUUACUAGGAACAUCAGAUUUGUCUCGAUUGAUAUUUAAUUUCCAAGUAUUGCAAAACUUUUCGAAACGUUUAAUUCCGUCAUUGAGGGUUUCGAUGAUUUUUUUUGGAUCUGAAUCUGAACAGCUCAUGGCAAAAUCAUCCGCAAAGCAAUACUUUUUUACUGACUUUGUUUUGGGUAAGUCGCUUGCAAAAAUAUUGAUAAGAACGGGCGACAAAACACUUCCUUGUGGCAAUCCAGCAUGCAGUAGAAAGGAAUCAGAUUUUGCGCUUUUUAAUUAGCUUUUUAAUUUAACUUUGAUCGGAUAAAUAUUAUUUAAGGAGCAGAAUAAUAAAUGGUGGAAAAUUCAAUCUCGUGUCAAACCGUACCAAACGCUUUGAAAAAAAUGCCUCAAAAAAGUGCCUUAAUUAAGUUACGAAUAAUAUCGGAAAGACAAACAGUUUGUUUGAAUUUCAGGGUAAAGCAGAAUUGAAAACUGUACGGAGAUUCAUUCAACCAGGAACUACCAGUAAAAUAAUCUUUUUACUAUUCAUAAACCUAGCAGGUAUCCUCUGUUUAAGUGAAGCUCUCUUCGGAAUAGAUGAUAUACGAAUUUUUGUUUUCUUUUAAUUUGAGGGAAACAUUCCUGGGGUUUCUCGGAUAAUUCAGUCUGGCCGUUUUCCAAUUAUUAUGAAUGUCAAAUACAAAGGCCUACGCAGCUAUUAAUA